AUGUCUAUGGCAUCCCCACAGGUAGCUCCCUUCAAUGAAGAGACCCGUAACCGACUAAAAGAGCAUUUCAGCGGUGACGGCCCUUCACAGAAUACGCGCUGGGCUGCGUUGUGGGAUGAAGGCGAUUUCCUUCCAUGGGAUCAGGGUGUCCCCAAUCCUGCAUUGGUCGACACACUUGCCGACCGCAAAGAUCUUCUGGGAGCAUCCGUGCUUGUUGAAGAGGGUGGGAACCAGCGACGUAAGCGGGCUCUCGUGCCAGGCUGUGGUCGUGGGUAUGAUGUUCUCCUCCUGGCGAGUGUGGGAUACGAUGCGUAUGGGUUAGAGGUAUCGGCAGAGGCAGUCCGCCAGGCUGAAAACUGGGCCCAGGAGCACUUGGAUGACUAUCCAGUGUCUAGCGAGGCGAUUGGAGCCGGUAAGGUUCGAUUCGUACUCGGCGACUUCUUCGACGACCAUUGGUUUAGUGGAGUGGAUGGGCUGGGCAAAUUUGAACUGAUUUACGAUUACACGUUCUUCUGUGCGCUACCACCUUCUCUGCGUCCGGCGUGGGCAGCUCGUUCCGUAGAGUUGCUCUCGACGCACCCUGACAGCAUAUUGAUCUGUAUCGAAUUCCCAACGUACAAGGAAUUGUCGACUGGUGGACCGCCGUGGGGAGCUUCUCCAGUCAUGUAUAUGGCUCACCUCAGCUACCCCGGUGUUGAACUGCGGUACGAUCAGGAAGGGGCUCCCAUCAUCCCGUUGGAGGUAGAUGGGGCUAAGGGCUUGAUGAGAACCGAGCACUGGAAGCCAAAGCGAUCCCAUAAGAUGGGACAAGGGACCGACUGGGUCAGUGUGUGGAAGAGGUCCGCAUAA